CGCGCGCAGAGAUCAUCGCUCUGCCCAGGCGGUGGUGUCGAUCUCCGCUCCAAUUGGAGACCAGGGCCUGACGAUGGCGGAGAAGACUCAAAAGAGUGUGAAGAUUGCUCCUGGAGCAGUUGUGUGUGUGGAAAGUGAAAUCAGAGGAGAUGUGACUAUAGGACCAAGGACGGUGAUCCACCCUAAAGCACGAAUUAUUGCAGAGGCCGGGCCAAUAGUCAUCGGUGAAGGAAACCUAAUAGAAGAGCAGGCCCUUAUCAUAAAUGCUCACCCAGAUAACAUCACCCCUGACACUGAAGAGCCAGAACCCAAACCUAUGAUUAUUGGCACCAAUAAUGUGUUUGAAGUUGGCUGUUAUUCCCAAGCCAUGAAGAUAGGAGAUAAUAAUGUCAUUGAGUCAAAAGCCUAUGUGGGCAGAAAUGUCAUCUUGACAGGUGGCUGCAUCAUUGGGGCCUGCUGCAACCUAAACACUUUUGAAGUCAUCCCGGAGAACACGGUCAUCUAUGGUGCAGACUGCCUUCGUCGGGUGCAGACCGAGAGGCCACAGCCCCAGACACUACAGCUGGACUUCUUGAUGAAAAUCUUGCCCAAUUACCACCACCUGAAGAAGACAACCAAAGGAAGCUCCACUCCAGUGAAGAAUUAGAAGCAGUGCAGGACGUCAAGCAGUUCUUUCGCUAUCUGUUGGAAGGGCUAUGGUGUUUGCGUAGUCUUAGCAGUUUGCAGAAUAAUACAAAAUGACUUUAGUUUGUAAAAUUGAGUUAGGGAGAGAAGUAAAAGAAUUUUCAUUGUAAUUUAUUCAAAUUAUAUUAUUUCCCUAUAUCCAUGUUCUUGUUCUGAUAAUUUACAGGUUCAGUUUUCUUUUGUGAUACAAAAUGUUAGCCACAAGCUUGUAUAUAAAAUGCUACCCAUGGCAAGGUAUUACUGUGUGUUUCUCUUCUGACAUAUGCCAUUGUAACUAAAUAAGCUUGCUGAAGGACUUUUAGUACACAUAUUUUCAUCGGUUUGCUAAUUGCAUUUAUGUUUCCAAAAUAGCUUUCUUAAUUUUUUAUUAAUAAUUAUCAUCUAUUAAAACUGAUGUGUUCAUUUUUU